GUCUCUUUCAGUGUCUCACAGGAAUUGUAAUCAGGGUGCCACCAAGACCUUCUGCAUUAGCUCUUCCCCUUUGCAUGAGGACAUUGAUGCAGCAAGCCCAGGACAACCCCUGACCCACACUUCCUGUCUACUGUGCUGGAUGCAGUCUCUGUCCAUCACCAUCCAGCUCUAUGACCUGCAGGCUGCAGGUCUGGCCAUGGAGUCCCUUCCCAGCCUCCUCCUGGUCCUCGCUACUCUUCCAGUGCUUUGCCUGACGCAGACCAGCCACAUGCAGGAGGAGGCCCUGCCCAAACCCUCCAUCAGGGCUGAGCCUGAACCUGUGAUCCUCCGGGGACAGCCUGUGACCAUCGUGUGCCGGGGCCCAGCCUGGGCUGAGCUAUUCCGUCUGGUGGAGAAGAACAGAACAUCUGACUAUAGGGAUCAGAGAAGCAAGUCUCAAUGUGGUUUACAGGGCACAGAGGCCAGAUACUGCAUCAAUGCCGUGAAUGAAUUCACUGCUGGGAGUUAUUGGUGUCACUAUCUCAAAGGGCCCAGGUGGUCUGAACCCAGUGAGUUCCUGGAGCUGAAGGUGGCAGACCUGGCCUCCCAGAAUUACACUAUGGGGAACUAUAUCUGCAUUGCCCUCUCUGGAGUCGUGUUGCUGAUCCUGGUGGCAAUUCUGGCAGAGGCUGGGCAUAGCUGGCACAGUUGGCCACACCCACCACAGGAAUGGAGACAAGGGAGCUAAUGCCAGAUAAAUUAGACUCCAGCCUCCAAGAGGGGUCUCCCCCAGUGCCCCAGGCUCCCACUGGAGCCCAAGAGAUCCAGAGUCACCCUCUCUCUCUGAAUUUCAUAUUGACCCUGGGGAGGCUGCCCUGUGCAGGGGAGUCUGUCCUCGGAAGGGUGCAGGAGCAGCGGGGACUGGCCUCCUGUGUGGUCUGGCUCCUUCUCCAGGGUUUGGCUCCAGACCUGACACUCACCCGCUCACAGCCCUGCCCCACUACUGCCUGGGUGUCCCUCCUCUCCCGGAUCUCAGACAGGCCCCAGGUCCCUGCAGUCUCUGCCUCCCUCUUCCUCCUCCUGGAGCCCCAAGUUCUCACCUGCUUUCUGGGAGCUGGCCUUGUGCUGCUGAAGACCUUGGACUGGCCCACACCUGUCACCUGUGGAACUGCACCUGCUCUGAGCCCCUGCACACCCACCUCUGUUCCUGGAAUGGUCUCUGUUUCCUGCAUCUGUCCCCUCGGGUCCCAGUUGACUUGGAUCUAAAGUCCAGGGAAGGGACUUCAGUGAAAACAACAGUGAGAUAUCACCUCACACUCUUCAGGACGACUAUUGUGGAAAUUAUUUUUAAAUGGUGGGCACUAGACUUACUGGGGGGGGAGUCAUGUCAUAAGGUAGGUAAAUAUCUAACCCCUCUGCUUUACACGUGAAAUAAUGUAUUAUAUGUCUACUGUAAUUGAAGAAUAAAUUAAACAUAACCUAAAAA